AUGAUGCGCCUUUCCUUGGCGGACCUGCUCACAGACGCUGUUGGCGAGUUACAAUCGUUUUACGGCACCGGAUCGUCUCUUCCAAUGGAUCAAUUUAUGGCUUGGAUGGAGAAAUACCCAGCGCAGUUGGUGACUCUUGCCAUUCAAGUUGCCUGGACGGCUGCUGUCCAGUCAUCGCUCGAAUCGAGGACUGCACCAGAUGCCGCGCUGCAAACUGUUACGCAGGCUCUUGAUUUGCUCGCCGACAUCGUCUUGCAAGAGCUUAUACCUGUCACUCGUCGCAAGUGCGAGCACCUUAUCACAGAAUUGGUCCAUCAACGAGAGUCACUCGAACACUGA